AUGCCGACCCCGAGUAAUAAUACGCCUCGCUUGAAUGCUGCUUCGAUCGCCCAAGAUAUUUCCGCUCGCACGACCUGUCCUCCUGAGCCCAUUGAGAGGUUGCCGCUGUCCUGGAGAGAUUCUCCCGAAUCAUCCUCCCCCGGCGAGAGUGAUUCACCCCUUGACAAUGUUCUCUCCCCGAGUGUUACAUCAGCGCAGUUCGUGCUGACCCGGUCGGAUGAUGCGAUCGCUCGUUCGAACCCGGACGCGGUGAGAUUGGAGAUGGAAACCGGUGCUUCUCCAAGGGCGAUGGCGACAUCGGACGAGGAUCCUGCUGUCGGGAGAUUGAGUCCUCGCAGGCGACCAUCUCGCUCUUCCAACUCCUCCUCCCCCGUCACCUCGCCAUCGACAGCAUCGCUUUUGAGCUAUGAGUUUUCUAAUAUACGUCUGCUUCCUAAUUAUACUUCAUCCUUUCUGCGUCCCGGAAGUAAAUUCACUGGAACGCAACAGUCAGACCGUCAGGUCUACAACGUUGACGUGGAAAUCAAGCACGUGGACAUGGCUGAAUCCUAUCUCUGCGGCUAUCUACGCAUCCAAGGCCUCACUGAAGAUCAUCCUACUUUGACGACCUUUUUCGAAGGCGAGAUCAUUGGAACGAAGCACACAUUUAAGACCCGGAAUGAAUCCUGGGGUGCUUCGGAGAAAACCGACAUGCAUCACUGGGCCAGAUUCCCCGCCUGGCGACCGUUGGCGAAACAGGCGAAGAGACCUGAUUUUACAUACUGGGAUUUCGCUGAACGAGACCACAUCUUCAUGCGGUGGAAAGAACAUUUCCUUGUUCCAGAUCAUCGUGUUCGGACAAUCUCUGGCGCAAGCUUCGAGGGUUUCUACUACAUUUGUUUCAACCAGGUUGAAGGUACCGUAACCGGUAUCUAUUUUCAUGCAAAGAGUGAGAAAUACCAACAAUUGGAGCUGAGACAUGUCGAGAACCACGGCUGCACUCCCGCAAUUGAGUUCCGCUGA